CACAGAGGCAGCCGAUCGCCGGGGGGUGUGGAUCCGGAUCCGAAGCUUGUCCCAGGGGAAGCCUCAUGGAUUUAGGAGAGGUCUUCCUGGUCUCCCUUGGGGGAGCAGUGCUUCUCUUCUGCACAUGGAAGCUCCUAAGGGUCACGCAGCAGCUGUUCCCCAAGACAUGGUACCCAGUGCCCAAAUCCUUCUUCUCCUCCCUGGGAGAAUGGGCAGUUAUCACUGGCGGAUCAGAGGGGAUCGGAAGAGCCUAUGCCUUUGAGCUGGCGAGGCAUGGUCUGAACAUCGUCAUCAUCAGCAGGAACCUGGCGAAACUGGAGACCGCGGCGAAGGAGAUAGGAGAAACAACAGGGAAAGAAGUCAGAGUAAUUGUAGCUGAUUUUACCAAGGACGACAUCUAUGAGCACAUCGAGGAGAAUCUCACAGGUCUCAAUGUGGGUGUUUUAGGUAAACUGCCAAACACACGCAUAUUGAAUAAUGUAGGAAUUAUCCCAAGUCACACACUGCGCAAACUCCUGGACAUAGAGGACCUAGAGCAGAGGAUCACGAGCGUGAUCAACUGUAACGUAAAGGGCUUAAUGAAGAUGUGCAGAAUAGUUUUGCCUCGGAUGGAGAAAAGGGGGAAGGGGCUCAUUCUCAACAUGUCCUCGGGCGUGGCAGGGGUCCCGUGCCCACUCUACACCAUGUACGGCGCCUCCAAGCUUUUUGUUGAAAGGUUCUCUCGAUCUCUUCAAGCAGAGUAUAAAUCGAAAGGAAUCAUAAUUCAGGCAGUGAUACCGUUUGGGGUUUCCACGGCGAUGACCAACUUUCAUAAACCGGACAUGGUCACGUUCACCCCAGAGGAGUUUGUGAAAACGUCGCUGGACUACGUUUUGGUGGGAGACCGUACACACGGCAGCAUCUCCCACCAGAUCCUGGGGUGGAUCUUGCAAGCAAUUCCAAUUCAGAUCCUACAUAGCGAGGUUAUGCAAGAGAAAUUGUCUGAGUUUGUCAACAAGAGUGUCAGCGGUAACUGAUUCAAUAAAAUUUGAAAAUAAGCUUUUGAUUGGCUUACCGGGCCAUGCUCCUGUCAUUUUAUAGGAAUCCUCCCACUUAUCAAAAGCUCAGGAUGGAGGCCUACGCCACUUUAUUUUGAGUGUCCAAUGUUGACACUCAACUUGAUAUCAACUGACCAUCAGUUCAGCAUCAAUGAAAAGUAGCAACUCAUUGAGACUCUGUUAAUACUCGACACUUGUCUUGUUGACAAUAAACAAAUGGCUCUUAACUAUUCAUGAUGUCACAUGAGGAUGAAGUAUGGGUAAAUGACAACAUGUUGAGAAUCAUGCCAUAUUUAGUUGAUUGUUCAUUCAACAGUACUUGAAAUAGCCACAGACAUGCAAUUGAUAGAUAGUUGACAUUCAGCUGAAUAUUUGAUGCUCAGUUGAUUUCUGCUUACUUAGUGCAGAGAGAGAGUUGAGACACAGAAAACAGACAGGAAAUACUUUGUUUAGUGUCAACAGAGUAUUUCUUGACAGGAGUGUUGAGUGUCAACAGAGUGACUCUUGGCAAGAUUUUGGAAACGGAAUCACCUUACAAUGCAAUUGACUUCAAAGUGAUAUUCGGUU